ACAUGAGCUGUGGAUCUCUACAACUCCUCCAUAGUUACCGUGGAUCUCUUGGCUGAUUAGCUUUCUCCUUGUCUACCCCAUUUAUGUGGAUGGACAUGUCUUGGGAAGUUUACCAUUCUGCAGAACCCUUUCCAUUUUCAGAUGCUCUGUCAGAUGUUAAAAACUGGGAUGUUGUUUUAGACUCCACAACUUUCUCCCUGACCUGUCUGUUGUGUUCCUUGGUCUUCAUGAUGUUCUUUGUUCAUCAAUGCUUUUUUAACAAACUUCUGAGGCAGAGGACACAUCUGGAUUUACUCUGAGUUUGAACUACACACAAGUGGAGUCCAAUCACUACUUAGGUGACCUUGGAAAGAGGGCUGAAUUCAAAUGCACACCACACUUUUAAGAUUUUUAUUUGUAAAUCAUUUAAAACAAUGUAUCAUUUACCUUACACUUUUGUGUAAGGUCAAAUAAAAUUGCAAUCUGAAAUAAGAACAUAAAUACUUUCGCCACGUACUAUAUGCAAGUAUUUUUAUUUACUUUCGCGUCAGUCUGCGGUAGAAAGUAUAUGGUGCAGCUUACUCUGGACCUACGUGAGGAAAUGGAGGUUUUGACUUGAAUUCCUCCUCCCUGAGUUCACGAUUCCUGCCUGAUGGAAGCUAGAGGUGUUGAUUUUGGGUCAUGGGAAUGUUCUGCACACAAUGAUCAGCGUUUACACGUCAGGAAACCCGCGUGGACCCCGUGGUUGAAUGUCAUUUAAUCGGCGCGUAAUUACGCACAGCGGAACGCUCACAUUCUCGUGGGAUUCCACCUUUUUGUAACUAUACUUUUAACGGCGUGGUAGUGUGAGUCGGGGCGUGGUUCCUGUGUGAAAGUGAACCCCCCACACGACACAAACCACCUCCCCGCCCCAACGCGUUUGCUCCCCUGCCUGAAAACUGCUGUCUGAGGGAAGUUGUGUGACACUGGCUGCACCACGAAUGUACAGAUGCCGCUCUGGCGCUCCUCUGCUCGGUCGCUGCAUGCGUGUGGACAUCCAGAAGCUAUGCCCGGGCUCGUUAAGGUGAGUAAUACAGAUGUUCGGUGCACAAAACAAAGGCAGGUGUUGAAGUUUAUGUCAAGUUUUCAGAAAUGAUCUGUUGCUGCUGCUCAUUCACUUGUUUAAAACUGCCUUCCUCAUUUUGCAGCAGAUGGCACAUCCUACAGCCACUUGUGGAGUAUUCCUGGACUACAGCACAGAGACUUGUUUACUUCUCUGGGACUAGAGGUGUUGCGGAUGACUCCCACCUAUGUAACCCACCUGCAGAUUUCAGUCCGGACACACUUUGCUGAGAUGAAUACGUUAUACAUCGUGAUUGAAGUAGUAAUCGCUGUUCUCUCCAUAUCCGGCAACGUGCUGGUGUGCUGGGCUGUCGCGAUCAACAGCACUCUGAAGAACGCCACCUUCUACUUUCUGGUGUCUCUGGCUGUGGCUGAUAUCCUGGUCGGCUGCCUCGCCAUCCCCUUUGCCAUAAUCAUCAGCAUCGGCUUGCGCCUGAACUUUUACGGGUGCCUCUUCCUCGCCUGUUUUGUCUUGGUACUCACUCAGAGCUCCAUUUUCAGCCUGCUGGCCAUCGCGAUUGACAGAUAUCUGGCCGUGAAGAUCCCAUUGAGGUACAAGGAGCUGAUGACGGGAAAGACUGCCAGAAAGAUCAUAGCAAUUUUAUGGAUCCUCUCUUUUGUUAUUGGCCUUAUUCCCUUCUUUGGGUGGAACUUGAAGUACUCGAGUUGCAGGAACAGCAGCUUGAUCAACUCUACGGACUCCAAACACAGAGACUUGGUAGAGAGGUGCAGACUCAGCUGCCUUUUUGAGAGCGUGGUGGACAUGCAUUACAUGGUGUACUUCAACUUCUUCGUGUGUGUUCUGGUGCCGCUGAUCAUAAUGCUGGGCAUCUACGUGAAGAUCUUCACCGUGGCCAGGAAGCAGCUGAGGCAGAUUGAGCUCAAGUGCGUGGGCAACGGGGACAGCCAAAGCAAGGGGCGGCUGCAGAAGGAGAUCCGGGCCGCCAAGUCCCUCUCCAUCAUCGUGGGACUGUUCGCCGUCUGCUGGCUGCCCGUCCACAUCCUCAACUGCCUGAAGCUGUUUUACAGCGAGCUGAAGAGGCCAGACGUUGUCAUGUAUGUAGCCAUCAUUCUGUCUCAUGCCAACUCUGCAGUUAACCCCAUCAUCUACGCUUACCGCAUCGAGGACUUUAGGAACACCUUCCGUAAAAUCCUGGCCCAGCACUUCUUCUGCCAUAAGGAGGAGCUUUACCUCAGCUCCAACGGCAGCAGACGCAACAGAGACCAGAUCAAGAUGACCAUUGAUCCUCUGCUAUAGAGGCAGAGGACUGUAUCAACAUUGUUGUUUAGUUUUGAGGUUUCUAAUGUUUACAGAACAAUGUGAAGAUGAAUCGAUGUCAAUCCCGCCUUGAAUGUAGACAUCUAUUUAUGCGUUGGGUUGGGAGAGGGUCUAUGAAAUGUUCAACAGAAAGUCUUAAGUAACUUUUUUUUUAGUUUUAAUUGUUAAAAUAGUUCAAGCUAACUGGAUUUGUAGGACUGUGAGGAGGACCCAAACCUAAGAUGCUAUUUAUUGUUCUGAAUUCACCCUGUUCCAACUACAAAAAGUCCUCUUUUUGUGCCCUGCUGUUUUUAUACUAUCAACAUUCAGUGCCAGUGUUAAAAUAAUUUAUUUAUUACAAGACCUUGUCUUUGAGAAUGUAAUGAUCAAAAAACAUGUGUGCAUGUGUGCGUGGCUAGAUCUGUACUUGUGGCGCUAAAGAAAGGUACAGUGGUAGUUAUCCUUCCCUGCGGGUAUUUUGCAGCUCACAAACCUUUAAAUGACAUCAUACUCACUGCUUCAUCUGCUGAGAGAAGGACACAUUUUCCUCAGCCUACAUUUAUUUAUGAAUAUGCAUAUCAUUUAUUAGUAGAGAAUUUUCUCAGAUAAGUUGACCUCAUUGUUCCUUAAAUGUGUUUGUGGAGUGCUAAAGGUUCACUUUAAAGGAUAGUUUAGCAUUUUUAUUGUGAGGUUCUGCUAAAUAGGGUUUCAGUAUUUAGGACAUUUUAAAGACCAAUUUGGUCUAAAUUCAAGACCUUAAUGAAUGAUAAUAACAUGUAUGUAACUCAACAUGUGGUGUAUGACUCCUGUACCUUUCCAUCUAACUGACUUUAAAACCUUCGUAUAUUAUAUGCAGAAAGAACAUAGUUAUUGAAAAGAGCUGAUAGCCAGCUAUUGAAAUCAUAGGAUGCAAUUUACCUUGUCAUUUAUAUACUCAGCCAUGACUAAGAAGCUGGUGGUUAGUUACAAAACAAAUGUUUUGAGUUUAUCAUCCUAACCAAAACACGUUUUAAGGCCCAAAAUUGGGAUGAUUAAAUUUUAUUCUUUUUAUUACUGUUUAAGGCCAUGCAAAAAUCCCGGUUAAAAGUUAGUAACUUACCUGAUUGUAAACUUAAGAUAACUGUUUUAGGGUCUUCAAUUUUCAGAGAGGUCCAGAUUAGUUCCUCCUGGACGUUGAAGCAAACUGGUUACCAGACCAAGACAAACACGCUAUCGAAACCAGCAAAAACAUCCGUCACAUUGGCUUUAAAAUGUUAUUUCCACACACUUCUGCAAGUUUUUUUUUUUUUUUUUUACUCUUGGGGAUCUUAGCAAGAUGUGGUGCUACGCUAAUGAUCUUCUGUGUGAAACAUACUGACACUAGAAUAUCAUAAGCAUUCUGGCUAGAGUAACUGCCUGACAGAGAAGUAACAGUGAUACAAGUAUCGUAGCAUACCGACGGGUUCAGUCUGCAGUAAUGAUUUACACAGAGAAUCAUUCGAAGGACACCAGAGAAAUCAAGAUUAGUUGGUCCUGGAGGCUGAACGGCUAACCCAAGGAGAAGAAGUGGAUUUCGCCCUGUUACUUAAAUGAUCUUCGCUAAGAAAAAUAAGGAGGGCAAAACCUGCUCAAAGUGCUUUAAUAUUUUAAAUCUGAAAAUCUUAUUUCUUUUAUAUCAGAUGAUUACUCUAACCAGAAAUGUUAACCAGGUUUUCGAUACGUUUUCCUCUAUCAUGCAGCAUAAUGUUCCAAGUGUAAAAUAUACAAACCUCUAUGUAAAUAACCUGUAACAGCAAUGUAAUGUUUCAUAAAUAGUGUUCGAAAGAACCAUUAUGAUAUUUUUUAUGACAUUUUUGAAACUGGAGUUGUUUUUAGAUGCUAAAAGUCUUGAUUGGUCUCCAUCUGUUAGCUUCAUUCCACUGGACCAACUAAUCUGGAUUUAUACUAACUGAAGAGUUAUCUAAAACAAAAAAUAAAAGCCAGUUAAUAUCUGAUACUGUCUUUAAUCUUUUAAGAGAACCUCACUUUCAAAAUACUAAACUAUUCUUUUAUUAAAGGGUGAUACAUAACUUUAUUAAGUAGCUUUUUUGCUUGCAUCGUCUUGUAACCACUACAAAUUACCCUGUGACCUUUGCACCUCUACUCCACAGGAAAUGGUUUAGUGGUUGCAUUCAAACUCACUUGCAAAGACAUUCAAUGACAUUUACCUUCAGGAAGUAGAAAACAGUCCCUUAACAGUAGUUUUGCAUUAUCACUAAGCCUUUUUGGCUGCUUGAUACGGAACCACCUUGCAAGAUGACACCUUGAAUCAGAGUCCUUUACCCAACUCCCCAUCGACCGGGCCUUGGUCACACGUUCCUUUAGUGGCUUACGUAAGACUCCAUGAAUGAGUCACGCUCAUUUCAAACCUUCCACACGGUCGAUCUUAAAAGUGACAGACAGAAUAGACAAAAGCCAUUUGAUUUCAGAAAACACAGGAUUUUACCCUUUAAAAUAUGGUGCACUGCAGAACCAUUAUGAUAAACUUUACCUGAGCUGAACAAUGUCAAAUGUGGCAACAAAAACAGGUAAGUCCAGUUUCCAGCGAAAAACAAGUGAAGCAGAUAGCGCUAAGUAAAAAUCUUUAGACAUACAGGCAUUAUAAUUCGAAGGAAAGCUUUUAAGCUGCACAGAACAGUCUCUCUGCAAAGAAAAGUCACGCUGCGUAUGAACUAACAGAGGACCUUUAGGUCACCUCAGAGUUAUCACUACACAAAUGAACAUUGCACUGACGUUUUAAUUUCCUGGUAGGUGUGCUUCACUGGGAUAAAAUACGUGCUCUAGCAUGGGGCACUAGGUCUAUGCUGCUCCUCCUUUCUGCCUCUGUUUUCCACCUCUGUCUGAUUUUAAGGGCUAAAACACAAGGAGUGUCGCAACAUUUAGGGACAUUCCAAUGGAGACAUCUAUACUGUAACUGCACUGUAAUGUUAUCUUGUCGUCUUGGUUGACUGAGGUGUGACAAAAAGUACUGUAGGUGUCCGGCUUUCUGCUCGAUGUCAAACUGUUGCCUUUUUUUAUUUAUUUUGAAGCUAAUACGGACAAUGGAAAGUUCAAUUCCAAUCUUUCAUUCCCAAGUUCCUGUUUGUCUGUGUACUAUCGUGUUUCUAAUCAGGAAAAUGCCUCCGCUGUAGUCGACCUGAUGUCCAACCUUUUCCCAGAGACCGUUUGUUUGUUCAACAAAACUACAACUGAUGUUGCUAUUUGACAUGAUGCAAUCUGUAUGUAUGGUGAAUUAUUUUGUUAAUAAAGGCAAUGUUUAUAUUGUUA